UCUGCUCGGGUUCCGGCAUGCCGGGCCGGCGUCUGGUUGCCGUCUCCCGGUUGCCUGCGCACCAUGGAGUGCCUGCGCUGCCUCCCCCGGCUGCUGCCCCGCGCCGUGCAGUCCCGGCGGGCCCUGUGUGUCGCGCGCUUGAGCCCUGCUGCCUUCUGCGGUCGCGUGACCCCGCUGCUCUCCGGGAACCAGAAGGCGCCGAGCUUGCCCGGCGCUGCAGGUGAUGUGCACCAGUCUAGAACCUCCGAUGCCUCUCAAGCUACCUUAGCCAGCGUGGCCCAAGUGUUUGCUGUGACAAAGUUUGACAAAGAAGGAAAUGUUACUUCUUUUGAGAGGAAGAAAACUGAAUUAUACCAUGAGUUAGCACUCCAGGCCAGAGACUUGAGGUUUCAGCACGUGAUGAGCAUCACUACCAGGAACAACAGGAUCAUCAUGAGGAUGGAGUAUUUGAAGGCUGUGAUAACUCCAGAGUAUCUUCUGAUACUAGAUUAUCGGAAUCUAAACCUGGAGCAGUGGCUGUUCCGGGAACUGCCAUCACAGCUGGCUGGAGAAGGUCAGCUCGUCACAUACCCACUGCCGUUUGAGUUCAGAGCUAUUGAAGCACUCCUGCAGUAUUGGAUCAACACCCUUCAGGGAAAACUUAGCAUCCUGCGGCCGCUGAUCCUCGAGACCCUGGAUGCAUUAGUGGACCCCAAGCAUUCUUCUGUCGACAGAAGCAAGCUGCAUGUCCUGCUGCAAAAUGGCAAAAGCCUCUCUGAGUUGGAAACAGACAUUAAAAUUUUCAAAGAGUCGAUUUUAGAGCUUUUGGAUGAGGAGGAGAUGCUGGAAGAACUCUGUCUAACCAAGUGGAGUGACCCACAGGUCUUUGAGAAGAGCAGUUCUGGGAUUGACCAUGCAGAGGAGAUGGAGCUGCUGCUGGAAAACUACUACCGGUUAGCUGAGGACCUUUCCAAUGAGGCUCGGGAGCUUCGGGUCCUGAUUGACGACUCACAGAGCAUCAUUUUCAUCAAUCUAGACAGCCAUCGCAAUGUGAUGAUGAGGCUAAAUCUCCAGCUAACCAUGGGCACCUUCUCUCUGUCACUCUUCGGACUAAUGGGAGUUGCUUUUGGCAUGAAUUUGGAAUCUUCCCUUGAAGAGGACCAUCGUGUGUUUUGGCUGAUUACAGGAAUUAUGUUUAUGGGAAGUGGCCUCAUCUGGAGGAGGUUGCUUUCAUUCCUUGGAAGACAGCUGGAAGCUCCUUUGCCCCCUAAGAUGGCCUCCUUACCUAAAAAGACCCUUCUGGCAGAUAGAAGGAUGGAAGUGAAAAACAGCCUCAGGCCGGACGGACUUGGAGCAAGCCGGACUGUCCUGGCAAGCCGCUAACAGCAGCCUGGCAGACAAAGAUUGUUAUACUUCUGAAGCUAUUAUCUCUCUCUGAGGGGGAAAAAAAGGCAACUGCUGUUUAAAUUAUGUCUGACUAAAAUAGUGUGGCAUUCACAAUACUAAAACAUGGCUGUGUCUUCAGAAUUCUAUGAGACAAAGUGUUUUCUUUGUAAAAAGCCAAAAUCCUAUGUUGGAGAGGACUGCCACAUCCUGAUGGGAGACUGUGGCCUAUGGUAGGCCAACCUUGAAUACUGUUUUUAUGGACUUUUUAAAGAAUAGAUUAAUUUAUUGAGGGAUAGAUUUGUCAGGAUUCAGCGAUGUUAUACAUACCAAGAAAAGUGCAUCUUUGUGCUGACGGAGCCCAGAGAUUUGGCAGAGCCUCUGAUCCCUGAGCUCGUGGGCUGCAGGUCCCCAGUCAGGGAAUCAUGUUGCCAUCGACUUCUGACUAGGGGAAUAAAGCUGGUGGACCUGCUAGCCUUGCAGUGAACCCUGGGAUGCCAGCCCUUGAUAGAGCCUUAUUUUCAGGUGUUUGCUCUCUUUUAUAUAUGAGAUAAAUGAAAAGGAAGUAUAAUUUAGUGUACGCAUACAGGGAUUCUGGUUAAUCAAAACUAUUAUUUUUCUUUGAUUGUAAAUAGAACCUUUGGAAGUAAAGUUGAAAGUGUUUAUUCUCUUACAACUUUAUAACUGUUUUGAUCAUUACCUGAUUUAAGAGACUGUCUUGCUACCUUCCUCCUAAGAAAAUAUAUACAACCAGCUAAUCUGUUUGCCUACCUCUCAAAAGUUAGCAGAUCAGCUGGUCAAACAGGAGGGUAGUUAAUGUAAAAAUGGUGGGAACAUUAUCUUCCCAAACAAGAUGUUAGCCUUUAAAACAAUGGUAAAGCAGGACGUGGUUGGUCCUUUGUAAUUCCAGUCCCUGAAAGGCUGCAGCUGGAGGACUGCGAAGAGUCAGAGGUCAGUAGAGGUUAUAAUGUUCCAGGCCCUCCUGGACUACAGAGUACAACCCUGCCUCAAAACACCAAAUAAAAGGGGCUGGGCUGGGGGUGCUGCUCAUUGCUAGAGUGCUCACCCAGCUUGCAUAAAGCUGUGGGGUCAACUCCUAGUACUGCACAGUAAGUAACCGAAUUGUGAUGCCUGUAAGUCUGAAAGCUGCCAUCCUACUUACCAUUCUACCUACCUUUGUGUAUUUUGUAAAGGUUUCAUUAAGUUGUGUGCUAAAACAUUACAGUUAAGUGUGCUUCCAAAAGUAGUGCACUUGUAAGAUUGUAGUAAGACCAGAGCAGCUCUUAGCCUACAAGGUAGGGGUAAUGAGUGGAGGACCUACACCCACCACAGAUGCCCUGUGCCCAAUUACUGCAAGUGUUACAGCUCUGAAGGAAAGGUAUCCUGACUUGUCGGGAAGUCAGGCUAUACCUGAAACUGGGUUCCUGUGGGGGACAGUCUCCCAUCAGGAUGUGGCAGUCCUCUCCAAGGCUCUGCUCUACUCCCCCUAGGAUUUUCCCAACAGAAGUAUCUGUUUCUUCUCAGCUCAGGCCUAAGUUGCUACUUCUUCUGCUUCAUUCUGCCCUGCAGAAUGUAGCAAUCUGCUCCAGCUCUAGCUAAAAGUCAUUGCUUCAGCAGAGGUGUCAGUUGCUCCUUUCGCUCUGGUUUCCUCGGGGAGAUUCCCAGUAGAGAUUCUGCUCUGCGCCGGUGAAAGAUCUUCACCCAAAACUCUUUCAAGAAAUUUAUUUGGAAAGGAGUCCUGGAGAGUGGCUGCCUCGGUCAAGGUGGAGAAGGACGGUUGCCAACUAAACAGGCAGAGGGCUUACGUAGGGCUUGAGUUAUUCCAGGGUCAAGAUUUCAGGGAAGGGAGGGAAUUGGUCAGAUUUUGAUCCCCUUGAGCUUGGACAAACUCAGAUUGGCUAGAUUUUGUGCUCAGGUAUUGGACGGUUUCAUGUUCAGUUGGUCAGGGGCAGAUUUGGCUCUGGUUUCAGAGCCAAAGUGUGUUUCUUUCCUGGCCCUUUUUAGUCUUUUACCUGUAGUUUCAGGGCCAGGGUAUGUUUCUUUCAUUGGCUCUUUUUUUUUUUUUUUUUUUUUUUUUUCUUUUCGAGACAGGGUUUCUCUGUGGUUUUUUUGGAGCCUGUCCUGGAACUAGCUCUUGUAGACCAGGCUGGUCUCGAACUCACAGAGAUCCGCCUGCCUCUGCCUCCCAAGUGCUGGGAUUAAAGGCGUGCGCCACCACCGCCCGGCUCAUUGGCUCUUGUUCCAGGGUCAAGGUGUGUUUCUUUGGUUCCGGUUUCAGGGCCAAAGUGUGUUUUGUUCACUGGCUCUGGGUUCAGGUCUAGGCUGUGUUUCACUGACUCUGGUUUCAGGGCCAAGGUGGAUUUUUUUGGCAAUUUUUUACUUUUUACCCUGCAGUGACCCUAAUGUGUCCCACAAGAAUGUCAGGUUCAUUUACUGGAUGAUUUAGCAAUGGGAAUAAGAAUGUUAUUCCAGUAGAAAAUAAAAAGUUCCAGGUGAGCUCCCCUCCUAUGGGACUGUGAGAGCUGGUCUGGAGCAGCUGAGCUAGGCUUGGUGUCCCAAUCAUGAGAAGCUGAAAUGUGACCCUAUGGAAACUGUAGCCGCUGCAGCCUUUGAUAGUGUCCAAGAUCAUCUUUGAUGAUGCCUAGGUUCCACAGUACCCUUCUUCGGCAGACCCAAUGAUCAGUCUUAACAUUGUCUCAGGUUUAUGCUCAACUGAAAACAUGAAGAAUUGAAGUCAUUUGAUCCCAGGUCAGACACAAUCAAAUAGCAUUUUUCCUUGUAUUGUUAGUUUAUGACCUUAAGUAAAGUAAUUGUCUCAAUUAGUCAUGUACCUUCUACUGAUAACUAUUUCUCCAGUCAGCUAAAAAGACAGAACAGAGUUUGUAAAAAUUUUAAAAGUGGUUAGGUCAUUGAGGGUUCUCGAAUGUAACUGCUACUUAAAGGAAAUGUUGUGAAAUAUCAAAUACUGAGUUCUAUGAUUGAACAAGCAGUCACACAUCCCACAUCUAGCAUGAGCAAGGGGGUGUGAUCCUUUUUUCAGUCUGUCCUUAUUAUGUUCAGAGCCUCUGAACCGAUGUGAGAAGAGCAGAGGUCAUCCUAUGAAAUGAUCCCUCUGCAUGCCCUUCUUGACAACAGACUGGAAUAGGCGCAGGCUCUUUGUGUGGCAGGCUCCAGGAACUGCGCUAGACUUUAUUUCUGGGGCAUCAAUGAAGCCACAUUUGAACUUUAGUAUGAUAACUUCGGUAAUGGCCACAGAGGUGAUUUCAUGGAGGGAUUGGAAUGAGUCCAGAGACUUGAGCUCUCCACCAAAAGCCCACCGCCAGUCAUUGUAACUUUAUAGUCUGGGACAGUAAGGCAUAAAGCAAUUCCUGCCUUGAAGCCUUAAAAAUGUACAGAGAGAAAGCUAGAAAACUAAUAUGUAAAUGUCUAUUGGUAUCUUGAGGUAAAGAUGACUAAGCUAAGCAGUUGCUCAGUUAGUGUUGUUCUUGAGUAUCUAAGCAUUGUGGGACUGGUUCUUAGAAUCUCAUUUAACACUUGGUGGAAGAAAAUGUUAACCCACCUGUUGAGAAUAAUAGACUGUCAUGUGCUAAUUUUUUUCUCUGUAUCAGGUCAAAAUUCUCUAUAGGUUGACCUUCAAAAGUGGGGUAACACUUUAUUUCUCACGGAGAAGUCAAUAUGUUACAAUUGUCAGUAUGACAAUGUUACAGUGUACAAUGUUACAGUUGUCAAAUGACAAUCCUGUCAACUUGAAGAUGUUUCCAUCUCUAUAACCUUUCAGCUUCUUUUUUUUUUUUUUUUUUUAAAUGUAGUAGUGCCUGCUACUUGCUGUGUUCAGACACUGAGCCAAAGACAAAGACAAAUCCUGUGGUCAGCUGUGGCCAUAUUUAGACAAGCUCCCCACAGUUAUCAGAGCAGAAGCACUGGCACUUUAGGGCUAGAGCAUCAGCCCAGGGUUGGGAAAGCCCACGCCUGGUGUGCACAAGGCCCUGGGUUUAACCCUGCCACUUAUAUUUGCUGACUGGCAAAACAAUAACCCUUCUGCUGGUAGUGUUCUUCAGAUAGCUUGAACUGCGAAUUACUACCCAAGCAAAACCAAAUGUCCCUGUUUGCUUCCUUCUGUGUCUUAGGGGGCUGUAUAGCGCACACACAACAGCUUGUCUGGAGGGUGAGCAGUGCCUUCUGGGGUGUUUGUGAACUGUCCCUCUUUCUCACCUAUGACCCAUCAUCUUUUGUGUAUUCCACAUUCCCUCUGCAGAGGUUUCUCUCUCUCUCAGUGGAACUUGUCACCCCUUUUCCUUCUCCUUUUGAUAUCACUUUCCAGGAUCAGAAGGAACAGUAUCUCCUUUGACUGACAGGGGACCAGCCAGUCACUGUUAUAAGUUGAAAAUGGAGAUCAGGAGCUACCCUAAAGAAUAGGCCAAGAGCAAGUGAAGCCACAGCCCACUCAUCCCUUACGGUCAGCCUGGGCUCAAGGCCAUCCCACUCCCUCCUGCUCUGUUGGUGGAGCUGACAGCCAAGCACAGCAAAGCCCCACCGCCCUGUGAGACUUAAAACCACAAUGGUGAGGUUGAUCACUUGUCGCAGCAGCCAGCCCCACAGACGUGUGAAUCACGAGAUAGCUCAGCCAACUUUAGUUUCUGAGGUUGUCCCAAGCCCUCAUUGAGGAAGGAGCAGUGUAUGGGCGCCUUCCCCCAUGCUGUUCUCUCUUCCCACCGUGUUUUCCCUGUAUACUGCACCGUCAGCAUGACAAAAGGCCCAAGAUGAGCAGCUUCAAAAGAAGAAGCGUUUAUUUUGGCUCAACAGUUUCAGCCAUGUCAGUUGUAGUGUGCUUGACCCUGUUGCUUUGGAGCUGGGGAAGAAGCCAGCAUGGUGGAGGAGAGCUGUUCAUUUACAUGGCAGCUGGGAAGCAAAGCGGCAAGGAAAGACUUGGGGUCCUGGUACACCCUAAUGAUGUAACUUCCUCCAACAAGAUCCCACUCCAAAAAUUUCUACCCUCCUUCAGCUGGAGACCAAGACUUCAGCAUGGGAAUUUUGGGGCACAUUUAAGAUCCAAAUAGGACCAGCCGCUGCUUAAGGAUUUUAUUUUUUUUUUUUAAGGAGCAAUGAUAGAAUGU